GUAAGAGCCACAUGUUAUUUGUUUCUUAUAUAGAUGUGAAAUAAAUAAUUGUGUGUGUUAAGCAAUUGUAAAAUAAUUAUAAAAGUAAAUAAUUUAAUGUCUAUUAUAUUUCAUAUUAACAAUGAUGUCAUUUCCGGCAAGAACCGUUGGUUUUUUUUUGUGAUGCAAUAUUGGAGCGAAACAGUUUUUUGACCGUGUAACAUUUUUCCACUUAAUUCUGUUAUUAAACUUUACCUAAAGAAAGUUACUGGACUACGGAAUGUUAUUUGAGUUCAAAUCAUUCUCACACAUGAAGAAGAAGCAAGAAAGAUAAGAAUUUAAACGGACUGCUAUCACAAUAAGUUUUUGCAUGACGAAAAUAAACCACACUGCAAUCCGCAAUACAGUGGAAUUACGUGUACUGUUGUUUCUUCCGCCGCUUCACUGACGACUGUCGCAAAACACGUCCGGAAUACGGCAAGACGAAACACGUUGUGCGCUGCCAGGAGGCGCUCCGUGUGAAAUGGGUCGGAUAUCUUAUAGGAAAAAUAAUGACGGGAUCGAGACAAAACCUGUGCUUACGAGAUGAGAAAUGAAGCGGUGGACGUUAUUUAUGAAAUAAGGUGGUUUAAAGGUUGUGUUAGCCAUGUUUUUAGCUUUUUGCAGAAAUCACCUGCUAAGUUGUGCGAAAGGGCACGUACCGCGGAUCAGCGUUGGUACAGCCCCAAGGUACACACAUGUCCGGGAGAGUGAAGGGUCACCUCCAGUCUGUCGCCACACCGUUCAGCUGACACCCGCUAGAACAGAAACUAAACCUCUUCAGAGACUGAAAGCAAAGUUUUCCUCUCCUGGCCAUCGGCCCGAGUGUGUGCACUUUGUCGAGCAAGUUGUGGAGCCAGCGUUUCCCACAAGUCUGCCAUUCAUUAACAAACUAACUGCAAGGACGAAGCAGACUGCACUGAACAGACCAGAUGUGAACAUCUGUAACCAUCAGAUACACACACUGAGCCGCAUUGUGAGUGACGGGGUUAAUAUUGGCCUUCACUCGAGGUUAAAGGGAUACUGUACUGCACCUGGAAAACCUGAGUGUAAAGAAGAUCAGAAAGCUCUGAAUCAAGAAACUAGUCAGUGUGCCUCCUCCUCCUCCUCCUCAUCAUCUCCUCCAUCUAACGAAGUGCAGUUUAAAGAGCUGUAUGAAAACCCAUGGACGAUCCCCAACGUCCUUUGCAUGGCCAGGAUUGUCCUGUCUCCUGUCCUGGGUUACUUAAUCAUGGAACAGUAUUUCCAAGUGUCUCUUGGACUGUUCGCUUUGGCAGGAGCGACUGACUUGCUGGACGGCUACAUUGCACGAAACUGGCCGAACCAGAAGUCGGCUCUGGGUAGCGCUCUGGAUCCGCUCGCUGAUAAGAUCCUUGUUAGUGUGCUGUACAUCAGUUUGACCUAUGCACAGCUCAUCCCAGUUCCACUCACAGCACUGGUGAUCUCCAGGGAUAUUGCUUUAAUUGCUGCAGUUUUCUACGUUCGUUACAAAACUGUCCCUCCUCCAGUAACUCUCAGCAAGUUUUUCAACCCAUGCUACACUACUGCCCAACUUAAACCAACUCUUAUAAGCAAGUUCAACACUGCAAUCCAGCUGUUUCUGGUGGCAGUUUCUCUUGCUUCUCCCAUCUUUCACUACACUGACAGUGUUUUCUUGCAGUCAUUGUGGUAUGUCACUGCCCUGACGACUGCAGCAUCUGGAUACAGCUACUACCAUUAUGGAAGAAAAACCGUUGAAGUAUUGAACAACAGAAAGUAGUUCUCUUGUGUGACUACUGUAACUUGAUGAUGCUUUGAGGUUAAUAAGGCUGGGAAUCAUUUUACUGACUGUGUGUGGAUAUGCUUCAAAUUGAUGCUGAGGUCCAAUUUUCUUUGGAGCUAAGUUUAGUACUGUACAGCGACCUGUUGAAUCAAAUUAUUUUGAUAUCUCAUUGCACCACAACUGUCUAAUAUAUCCAGUGAGUACACAGUCUAUACUUCUGUGGAAGGUUAUUUUUUACCUUUUUGAAUCACCACCACAAUUUUCUGAUUAAAAACUGACUUCAAAACCAAA